GGGCAACUAACACACUUUAGUGGAAACCAUCCAAUGCUACUAUUGUCAAUAAUUUAUGCAAAAAUAAACGAUCAAAUCAUGUGUUCAAUUAUAGUUACAUCAAUACAUAGUAGUGUUGUUAUGGAAACAAAUUUAAACAAAAUUUUUUGACAGAACGUUUUAUACUGAUAUCUUUUAAAGAUUUAUUUGAUCUAAUAAUUGUAUAUUUUAAUAUGGAAAAAUUACCACUUAUACCAGGAUAUACAAUUCAUGAUUCAAGUAUUACAGAUUAUAAAUUAUUACAAAAAUUUAAUUUUUUAAAUGGUUAUCGUAUAGUAUGUGAUAGUAAUGUUGGUAUUGGAGGAAGACCAAUAGAUGCUGCAUCCACUGCAUAUAUAAAAGAGGAGGAUUCUGCACACUAUGAUCCAUCCUUAACAUAUGGCCGGGUAAAGGAGUAUGCAUAUCGACAAUUUGUCCCACAUUAUGCAUUAUUUGCCCAUAAAUGUCUUUGUUUCAAAGCAUUCUUUCGUCAGGGAGUUUUUAACUCUCCAGAUGAAUAUUUUCGAAUACGUCAUGUGAAUAUAAUUUACUUUCUGGAGGAUGAUACAAUAUGUGUAAUGGAGCCCCCAGUAGAAAAUGCUGGUUUUAAGCAAGGGAAACUUGUAAGACGUGGAAAAAUUGUAAAAAAUACAGCUGGUGAUAUAUUUCAUUGGAAGGAUUUUAAUGUUGGAAUUGACGUAUGUAUUUAUGGUGUAGUUUAUCAUAUUAUUGAUUGUGAUCUAUUUACUCAAGAGUUUUUAAACAGUCAAGGCAUUGAUGUUGGAGACAAGGAAGAACCUCCUGUAGAUCCUUACACGCAAUUUCGUACAUCUAAGCAGACAAGACCAACGCACGUUACAUCAAUUCCAGAUGAUAGCAGGCGACGAUUCUUAGAGUAUGAUAAAAUGGUGUUAUCAUUUACUGCCACUUGGAACGACGAAGUUUAUUGUAUAACGUAUUUCUUAACGGAUGAUACGAUAGCUAUUCGUGAAAUACAAAAACCUAAUAGUGGAAAAGAUCCGGUAGUGAUGUUACUGAAAAGAAUGAAAGUACCAAAAGAUUGGAAAAAUUUACCGUCAACUUAUCCUGCCAUAUAUAUGGAAUGUGGCGAUCCUGAAAUAGUCGAAUACUAUACGCCAAAAGAUUUGAUAAUAGGCGAGACGAUUUUUAUAUUCAACCGGCGCUUUUUCCUGCACGAUUGUGACGCCUUCACGCGAAAAUAUUACUCAGAUAUGUUGGGAAUAACGCAGCCAAAAGAAAUUCCUAUUCCAACCAAGAAACCUAAAUCAGCGCCGGAAUAUAAACCUCCACCGCAUAUAAAGUUCGGUGCACCUGAUGAUACUUACGCCUCUUGUCUGUCAUUCAUUCUCAAACCACCUAAGAAGGACACUGUUCGACAACUACUUAAUUUUCCAAAAAAAUUGCGGUACUCCAUGCAGAUGGAUGCGGUACAUCCAGAAGACAGGAAUCGUGAUUUUAUUUUAGAAUACAAUUUAAGCGAAGGUACGAUUCUUGUACAGGAACUUGAGAAACGUAACUCUGGACGACGCGAAGGUUGUUUUCUGAAAGCAAUGUUGGUUCCAAAGCCAAAAACUGGAAGAGAUGAUCCAGAAUAUUAUACCCCUCAGGAUUUCUUCAUAGGCGCAAGAGUUAAUUUUUUUAAUCAUUACUUUAUCAUAUGCGGCGCUGAUCUUUUUGUGUAUCGUUAUAUUGAAGCGAAUCCUGAGAAAUUUCCACGAGAAAUACGAGAUAACAUUCGUGAUUAUUUUGUUAAACAAAAUUUACUUAGCGACGAUAUAAGUACCGAAAUUAAAAAAAUAGAAGAUAGGAAAGAAGCAGAGGCUCGUUCGAUUAAAAUGGUUGACGAAGACGUUAAAAAUGUUUCUGAUCUAGCAGAAUGCUUAGAACAACUUGAAACUCAAGCUAGACAAAAAUAUGAAGGGGAACAUGGUGAAUUAAGAGAGCGUACACCACCACCUGAAGAAUUAUGUCCAGGAUUAAUAACAAAGAGUCCUGAGGAAUCUAAUCAAUAUCAAGAUACAAAGACAUUUCCAGAAAAUGUUAAAAAAAGGGAGGUAACAUGGAACGAUGGGGUAAAAUAAUAAAAAAUAGCAUAACUUUUUGACUAGUAAUCACGUUUAACAUAAUUUCGUUUUCAAAGUCACUGCAACUGAACCACGUGUCUUUAAUUUAAAUAUUUUUCUAAAUGAAAUUAUUAAGAAAAUUCUUCAAUAUGUAACUACUUAUGUUAAACGUAAUUAUCAUUUAGCAUUUUGUAGUAAUUUCAAUUAAGAGACUCCCAAUUGAAACUAAAUUCAGUAGUUCUCAUUCUUUGGAAAAUUUACUACCUACGUGUAUGGUAUUUUUUAAUAGUUAAAUUUGAAUAUAAAAUAUAUGAUUUGAUUCAACAUUUAAUCAAACAUGAUUAUACAAUGUAAAUACUAAACAGUGUAGUACAUUAUGAGUAUACUAUUCGUAUGUCUGUAUAUUAUAAUACAACAAUAAUAUACAGAUAUGCAAUUUGUAUACAUAUAGCAUAUAUUGUAUUAAUCAUAAAAUAAAGUUCAGACAAAUCUUUGGAAUCCAAACAUUUUUAAACAAAAUUCUAAAACAUGAUCGAAGAGCAUAAUUAUUUUUUAAUUAAAUACUAAUUUCU